AUGGGAAUCCGCGGGGUGCCUAGAAUACUUAACGGAGGACUUGCUGGCAUCGUCGGAGUCACCUGCGUGUUUCCAAUAGAUCUGGCGAAAACACGACUGCAGAAUCAGCGUAUUGGACCGGAUGGUAAACUACAGUACGAUGGAAUUGUCGAUUGCGCACGAAAAACUUGGAAUUCUGGAGGCAGAUCGGUGUUUUCAAAGGUUCGUGCAAUAUACUCAGGCUCUGCUGUGAAUAUCCUACUGAUAACACCUGAGAAGGCUAUCAAACUCUGCGCUAAUGAUUUCUUCCGAUAUCAUCUUGCCGUUCCAGGACAAAAGCAAUUGAGUGUGUUCCGAGGAAUGAUUGCCGGCGGUCUUACUGCCGUAUUUCAAAUGACCAUCACCACUCCGAUGGAACUGUUGAAAAUUCAAUUACAAGAUCAGGGACGAACUGCAGCGAAAGGUGACAAAAAGCUUACGGCAUUCACUUUGGCGAGGAAUCUUGUUCGGCAACACGGCUUCGCUGGUCUGUAUAAGGGCCUGAACUCUACACUUGCACGUGAUGUAACCUUUUCGGCUAUCUACUUUCCGUUAUUCGCCUAUCUAGAUUCACUGAUAUUGAUCGGUUCACCUCUUCGAAAACUGAAUUUUGCUUUAGUGGUCAAGACGAGAAUACAAACCAUCAGAAAGGGAGCAAACGAUAUGGUUUACAAAGGUGUACCGGACGCUUUUUGUAGUAUUCUGCGUACUGAAGGACCAAAGGCACUAUUCAAAGGAGCUGGUUGUCGAGUUUUGGUGAUAGCGCCGCUGUUCGGAAUUGCUCAGACCGUCUAUUACAUAGGAGUAGCUGAAUGGAUACUUGGAAUGCCGAAGGCCCAUCACGUCUAG